AUGUCUCUGCUAGCUCAAGGUAUCGUCGGCGGGAUCGUGGGCAUCACCACGACCUCAGCCAUCAUCAGCCUCAGGAUCGCCACAAACAUAUUUCUCGCCGCGAGCGACACGGCCAUUGUCGACACCCUCCUCCUGCUGAUCCAUCGAUCUCUCGAAGCCCUCACCCAGAGCUUGAGCGGAGCAGCCUUGAUAUGGAGGGGCAUCUUCACCAACGGCACGAAUGACACGAGCAUGAACGCCCGCCUCCGCAGCGACUUUGACAAAGGCCAACAACCCGCCACCUCCGACCUACGACGCACGCCUCGAGCACGGGCGGAAACCCAUCUACCCCGACGAGCGGUGGCUCUUCAUCAACGGCAUCGAAACGAAUUCGUCUGGUUCCAGCGCUCGUGCGACAAGCUCCGCAACACGUUCCGCCGCGACGUCCGCGGCGUCUUCAACCGGAGCGACGGCUUCCUCUGGGACCUCAUCGAGUGCUGCGGCGAGCGCAGCGCCGCCGCGGCCGAGGCCAACGAGAUCAUCGACCGCACGCAGAGCAGCAGGGCCGCGCAGGACGUCCUCGCCCGCGAGCUCGCCGCCGCGCUGUGGCCCGCCGACGGCGCCAGGCCGCCCGCCAAGGUCGUCAUGGUGGCGCACUCGCAGGGCUGCCUGAUCCUGCGGCUCCCUCUGCACAAGCUCAUCCGGGACAGCGCGGGCCAGGCGCAGAAGCGGAGCGCCAUGGCCCGAGCGCCUGCACGUGUUCACGUUUGGAACCCGAGCGUCGACUGA